UGUGCUUCCAAAACAAAAAUAGGUCUGAAGGGCGGCUGAAGGGCGGAGCUUUGGGUGAUGAUGGAAUGUUCGAGAGUCGCGCACACUAAACAGCUCUAGCGCGAAAUCGCCACCGAUCGGUCAUCAUCGUGGCUGCCUCUUUAUUCAAAAGUAUCCAUACCAGCUAACGAUUGAUCAAGAGACAUUCCUGACCUCACUCGCAAACGCAGCACCAAAUUCACAUAAGAAGCGCAACACCCCGCCUCGACACACGACACACACCGCUCAGCCUUCCCACCACAUAUACAUCAACAUGUCUGAGGACUGGAACUCCGUUACCAAGAUCGGCAGCCGCACCCGUGGCGGUGCCGCAGCUCCCCGCGAGACAGUCGUCAAGGGCAAGAGCGCCCUGAACGCCGCCCAGCGCAGCGGAGCUGUCAUUGCAACAGAAAAGAAGUUUGCCUCGUCCAACGCUGGUGGAAGCGGUUCCGCAGAAGGCCAGCGCCUUACCAAGGUCGACCGCUCCGACGACAUCGUCAAGCCCAAGACUGUCGGCACUGUCGUCGGCCAGGCCAUAUCCAAAGCCCGCUCGGAAGCCAAGAACGACAAGGGCACGACUAUGACGCAGAAGGAUUUGGCCACCAAGUGCAACUCUACUCCCACAAUCAUUGCCGAUUUCGAGCGCGGGACAGCCACGCCGGAUCAGAAGCUGUUGGGCAACAUGGAGCGCGUACUCAACGUUAUCCUGCGGGGCGACAAGAUGGGGCAGCCCAAGUUCCCGAAGAAGAACUGAGCUGGUGGACUCGAAAUGACUAACCGCAGGCCAUGACUGUGGGAGGUGUGUUUGGAGGCUUCUACUCGCUUCGAUAGGAAAUGGACACGAUCUUAUCAUUUGGACUAGCGGGCGUUUGAUGGCUAUCACGGAGGAACGACAACCAAAAGGGUAGGCGCAGAGUGCCGACUCAAUGUCUUUCUCAGCCUGCUAUUCUGCACAAUGACUGGAAUGGUUCAGGCAAU